UAGUUUGAGCGGUUAUUUUGGGACAUUUCGCGGUAACAACUGCCAGGGAAGGGAAGGUAGUGAGGCGAUAUGGAUAAAGCAUACAAGUACGCGAAAUCCGCGAUCGCUCACUUCAAGUUGGACACAUGUUGCUGCUUCGCGCCUAUACGGAUAGGAUUGCUUAUUGUUGGAUAUUUUAACCUUUUUAUAGCGGUACUGUCCCUGAUCGGCACCGCGGAUGGCGGCAUCACGCCUCCGCUCAUGGAGGUGCAGGACUCGCUGCUGGAAGAGGAGCAGGUGUCCGCGCCGCUGGGCGUGGUCGCCUACGCCUGCGAGCUCGCCUUUAGCGCCGUUCUGUUAUGUGCUAUGUACAGAAACGAUAUCGUACUGCUCCGCGUGUACAUAUACUUCUUGAUGGCGACCGUGGUGACGUCGGUGCUGAUGUAUUCCAUGGUCAUCGCGAAGGUGUCCCUGCUCACCAAGAUAAUCAUUAUAAGCAAUAUAGUGUUCAACUGUUACGUCAUCAUUCUAGUAAGAAGUGCAAUAGUAGAGAUCAAAGAGCGCCAGAGUUUAGACAAGAACGGCCAUGUGGUACUUUACUCUGUGGCCACGGUCUCUCAUGAAGACGACAAAAAGGUUAAGGUUAUAGAAAUCCUGCCGAUCGCAAACACGAGCGAACAUGAAAAAGGCGUAAAAAUUGGAGUUAUAGAUGAAGCACCGAAAAAAGAUGAUAAAAUUGUUGAACAAUCAGAGAAGAAUGAUAAAACUGGCGCAGAAUCAAAACGGGAUGAUAAAGUUGGCGAAGAAUCAAAAACAAGUGAGAAGGUUGACGAGACACAGGCGAAAUUGGAAACUGUGAAUGAAUGCCCCAAGGAAGAGCAAUCGGUACAUUAA